UCGGGACAAAGAUGUAAAGUGAGAAGAAUUGACGGCAAAGCAAGAGGAACAAACAGAGAUAAGUGGCGAGGCUGUUUCGGACAUGAUAUUUUCUCGUUUUAAAACAGCGGACUUGAUGCCAAAACCUUUUCUGCGAGCGAACGAACAAGGCUGAGAUAAUAGCUAUUGGUCCCUAUCCAGUCCUGAUCAAGAUUCUGUUUUUAGGUUGACGACCCGUCGGUAGAGGUAGCGUAAGCCUCUACCUGCUCCGGAUUACUGUCAGUAUGAUGUUUCUUCUCGGUGACUUUUGCACUUGUCAUCUGAAUAAUAAGUAACGGUGUCGACCUCACGGGCAGCCAUGGGGAUGUGCCACAGCUUCAGGUCCAGGUUAUUAGGAUCCCAGUCUGCGCGAGCCUACACCGGGCGCUCGGGCGCUCCCGCGGGGUUAGAUGGCGAGUCUGGACCAACGGACAGCUCCGCCACGGACCCGCAGCUGCGCGAGCGCCUCCUGUUGGAGGAGAGAGCACGGGCUAAAGCCGGGGAAAAGCGAAGCCGGAAUAUAGACAAGAGCCUUAAAGCUGAGAAGAGAGAGUACCUGCAAACGCACCGGCUCCUGCUCUUAGGUGCUGGGGAGUCUGGGAAAAGCACCAUUGUCAAGCAGAUGCGCAUUCUACACGUCAAUGGCUUCAACGCAGAAGAGAAGAAACAGAAGAUUCACGACAUAAAGAACAACAUAAAGGAGGCCAUAGAGACUAUAGUAACAGCCCAUGACCACGCUGGCCCCUCCAGUCCCUCUAGCUAG